GGCCGGCAGGGGAGAGAGGGGCGCGGGCGGGGGAGGGCGACCCCAGCCCCUACGGGUGGGUCCCCCUGGUGGCCAUGAUGCUGUUCCUCGUCGGGUCAUCCUUCGGCGUGAAUCCCGUGCCUCAUAUUCUGGCCAACGAGUACUUCCCGACGUGGGUUCGGUCCCAGGCGAGCAGCAUAUGCAUUUCUAUAAGUACGAUGGCCAGUUUCGUGGCGCUGCAAGUCUACACUCCGAUGCAGGACGGACUCACGCAAGCUGGGAUGUAUGGAUUCUACGCCGCUGUGUGUGCGAUUGGAAUCCCUUAUACUUACUUCUUCAAGGGAAACGAAGGGGGAGCAGAUAGGAUAGGGGAUCAGAAGGGAAACGAAAGGGGGAGCAGAUAGGAUAGGGGGAUCAUA